GCUCCUGCCUUGGCUUCUCACCAUGUCUUCUCACAAGACUUUCAGAAUCAAGCGAUUCCUGGCCAAGAAACAAAAGCAAAAUUGUCCUAUUCCUCAGUGGAUUCAGAUGAAAACUGGUAACAAAAUAAGGUACAACUCCAAGAGAAGACACUGGAGGAGAACAAAGCUGGAUCUGUAAGGAUUCACGCAAUGGCAAGACAGUUUAUACUGAAUUUUGGGUCAUCAAGCAAUCCUACCAC